CAAAAACAUGUCACGAUCAAUCUGGACCGUUCAUCUACGUGAGAUCAUCUUAAUGGACGGUCCAUAUUUAACAAGCAGAAACGUAAAACUGUCCAACCCAAACUGCAACUUACGAUAGCCGGUUACUAAUCCAAACGUUGCUAACAGAAAUUAAUCUUUACCGGUACCGCCAGUUUCGUCAUCCAUAAUAAUAUUUGUUACCCCUAUCAUGAAAAUUUUAUUGUAUUGAAUAUCCGUACAAUCUACAACUUGUAAAGAAAAAUUCUCAGAAAGCUUUUUCGAUUUUAGAAGUUGUCCGCUUCUCGAAGUCUUAAUCCGAUCGACUCAAUUUAGAUCUAGUCUCGUUCGACUUGGUUCUGGAAGAUGGCAGACAAGGAGGAGGGAGAGGAGAUCACUUCUCGUGGGAGUGAAUGGGAAGUUGUUUCACUUACAGCAUCGACAUAUGCUGCUGCCCCUGGUCCGGAAGAAGUCGAGUCAAAAGAUAAUGACAAGGGCACAUAUGGAGUGGAAGCUGAAACUUCCCGUGCUUUGUUCAUGUCAGGGCAUUUUGUUUUUCCACCAAGUCAGCAUGAGAAUUUGCCCUUGGAAUCUGAUAAUGUCUCAGUUUAUGAUGAACAUGGUGAUAAAGAUGUGGUAUCUGAAUUGGCUGCUGAAGAAGAGGGCAGAUCUAGUGGUAAGGAUGAAGAAAACUGGACCUUUAAAGAAUUGACUAUAACAGAUGAGUUUCCAGGAAUUCCCUUUUUUGAUGAGAAGGGCAAUAGGCUACCCUUUCAUGGUACGGAUUUUGAAGAAGGCACAAAUAUUCCAGGAUUAAAUCUAAUUGAAGAGCAGGAUGUGUAUAGUGCUGCCAAGUAUAGUUCUUUCCAAACUGAAACAAAUUUAGUUGGUUCAGCACCAUAUGGCGAGGAGACAGCUAUUCCUGAAUAUGUUGAACCAUCAGAACAAAGCUUAGAUGCUAGGGACUUAACUCAUCCUUUCAAUGAUGACAAACAUGAUGGUUCUGGACUUCCAUGUGAAGCUUGGUGGAAAAGAGGAGCUGCUUCUUUAUAUUCUCAAGCAAAAGAAGCAAAUACAUUUUGGUCUAUCUUUGUUGCAGCAGCUGUUAUGGGCCUUGUAAUUCUUGGGCAGCAUUGGCAGCAAGAAAGAUGGCAGGCUCUGCAACUUAAGUGGCAGUUCAGCCUUAAUAGCGAGAGGGCAGGCAGAGUGUUUGGUCCCAUUUCUCGAUUGAAAGAUGUGAUCGUGGGAGGUCAGCGCCGUGGUUCCCUCAUUAGAAGCAGCACAUCAAGUGAGAAUUAAGAUGUUGACAUCGUCCCCAAGAAAAGGGCCCAACAUUUCAAGUAAGACUUCUCAAGAUAAUGACGACAAAUGUAAGAGGCAAAGGGGAGAUAUGUUAGGUUGUGAUAUCUCUCUAGUUUGCUGCAGUGUGGUACACAUUUUCUUCUUCUCUUUCCUAAAGUUCCUCCAUGGAACCGUGUUAAAAAGCUUGAUAUUGUAGUUUAUUUAUUUGCUGUUGUAUUUCUCUGAAUUUGUAUCUGUAUGGAUAUUCAGUGUUGGCAUUGACUCAUUUGUUUAUCCAUGUAAUAUGAUUAUGCUCCUCCAUACGGUAGUUUAAAGGA